AUGGGUCAGGAGAACAGCAAGUGCCCUCAUCAAUCGUUGGCGGAGAAACGCUACAAGGUUGAGAGACCGAAAACAAAAAAAGUUUCUUCCGGAAGUGCAACUGAUCGAAGCCCACCAACAAAAGCAGAUGAAGAAAGUGCACCACUUCGGCUUACCGUAUCCAGUUGCGAUGUGAAUGCGGAGGAUGAUAUACCAGAAAUGCGCAAACUUUCAGUAUGUGAGCCUAAUGAGGAAGAGGCGACAUCAAUGGCAAAUGCGGCAGGAUCAAAGUCAAAGUGCAAGCACUUUUUGACUAGACGCGAGCGCAUUCUACUGGAACAGAGCUGGCGAAAAACUCGAAAAACUGGAGCGGAUCAUAUUGGUUCCAAAAUCUUCUUUAUGGUUCUCACUGCCCAACCAGACAUUAAGGCCAUCUUUGGACUCGAGAAAAUCCCCACCGGACGCCUGAAAUAUGAUCCAAGAUUCCGCCAGCACGCACUUGUGUACACUAAAACUUUGGACUUUGUCAUCCGCAACUUGGAUUAUCCUGGCAAACUUGAAGUAUACUUUGAGAAUCUUGGCAAACGCCAUGUCGCAAUGCAGGGAAGAGGUUUCGAGCCAGGGUACUGGGAGACUUUCGCGGAAUGUAUGACUCAGGCAGCUGUAGAAUGGGAAGCUAACCGACAGAGACCCACUUUGGGAGCAUGGAGAAAUUUGAUUUCCUGCAUCAUCUCUUUCAUGCGUCGUGGAUUUGACGAGGAAAAUGGCAAGAAAAAGCUGUACAGCUAUAAUGGACAAGGAUUUAGCACAAACCGGGCCCGCCGCUCCGUUUCACCAUACGCUCCGAGUGUACACUAA